ACACACAAACUCACACACUCUUGCUUUCAUCCCCCAAAUUUUCAAUUUUCUACAACCACACACGGUUCACAACGCACACUCUUUUCUUUCUUCCACACACACACAAACACACACUAACUGUUAUCUUUAUCAUUUGAGGUAAAGCUUCAUCCUUUUCUUGUUGGUAUUUCGUUUUAUUCUUAAAUUUCUUAUCUUUUUGCAUAAAGUUUAAAACUUUUGGCCCCUUUGUGUAAAUUGAGCUAAAGAUUGAACUGGGUGUUAAAGAAAUUGAGUUUUUAGGAUAUUGCAGAUAAGGUGCUUGUCAAAUUGUCUAAGUGAAUUAGAAAGUAAUGAGUGUGUCUACAUAGACUGCAAAUUAUGGCUUCUUUUGCUUCCUUAGUUGGUUUAGGAAGUACUUGCACUUGCUCUCCUGGUCAAUUAGAAGGAACCCGAUUAUCGAUUAGACGAGUUUAUUUGCCUAGUAGUUCUUGUGGUUUUCAUAGUUUGUUGGUGGGGAAAAGAUGGAGGUAUAUUUCAAUUUGUAAAUAUUCUGUUACUACUGAUUUAAUAGCUGAUCAAACGACUUCGAUAUCGCUUAAUGUGGCUAAUAAUAGUAGUAGCAAGGAUGAUGCUUCUGAUCUUUUACUUAAACCAACUAGAAGGCCUGUGUUGAAACCGCCCGAGAAUAAGAUAGAACAACAACAACCUUCUAGUUCUAGCUCGGGUAAUUCUGUUUGGGAAAGAUCGAAACUUGGUGAACAAGAAGAGAGAAAUAAGGUGAUUGAGUCAUUAGGAGAGGUGUUGGAGAAAGCUGAGAAAUUAGAGACAAGUAAGAAUACGGAUAUACAAAAUAGAAAACCAUCGCAGUCACCUCCUUUGAGAACAAACACUAAUGGUACUGAACGGAAUGGUACGCGUAAUAAUUCAGUACCUGCUGGGAAGGCCAAGACUCUUAAGAGCGUGUGGCGGAAGGGGAACCCGAUUGCAACCGUAGAAAAAGUUGUGAAAGAAGCUAACAAAGUUGAGAAGGUGCCGGAGGAGAAACCAAGGUUGGAGGUAACUGGGAAGGAUGAGAGUGAAGCGGUUGCAUCACUAAAACCACCUCAGGCUCCUCAAAGAGUUCAACCACAAUUACAAUCAAGACCGUCCGCAACUCCACCUGCAAAAAGACCAAUAAUCUUGAAAGAUUUAGGAGCUGCUCCAAAGCCUGUUGUGUCUGAUGUUAUAGAAAAUUCUGGUACAAAGACAAAAGAACGAACUGGUCCGAUUUUGAUUGACAAGUUUGCAUCUAAGAGGCCGGCUGUUGACCCGAUGAUGGCUCAAGCAGUUCUGGCACCUCCUAAACCAGGAAAGACCCCUGCUCCUGGAAAAUUUAGGGAGGAUUUCAGAAAGAAAGGUGGUGCAGCAGGGGCACGUAGGCCGAAGGUUAAAGAUGAUGAAAUUCAUGAUGAGGAGACAUCAGAGCUUAAUGUCUCAAUCCCCGGGGCCAAAAAGGGAAGAAAGUGGAGUAAGGCUAGUAGGAAGGCGGUUAGAAUGCGGUUGGCCAGGGAGGCUGAGCCGGUCAAGGUGGAGCUCAUGGAAGUUGAUGAAGAAGGUAUGUUACUUGAUGAAUUAGCUUAUAAUUUGGCUGUGAGUGAAGGUGAAAUUCUUGGGCAUCUUUAUGCAAAGGGUAUUAAGCCUGAUGGGGUACAAAAGUUGGAUAAGGAGAUGGUGAAGAUGAUUUGUAGGGAGUAUGAUGUGGAAGUUAUUGAUGUCGGGCCAGCUAAAAUAUCAGAAAUGGCAAAAAAGAAGGAAAUCUUUGAUGUAGAGGACCUAGACCAUUUACAAGAUCGACCCCCCGUUCUCACCAUUAUGGGCCAUGUUGAUCAUGGAAAAACUACACUUUUGGAUUAUAUCCGGAAAAGCAAGGUAGCAGCCUCUGAAGCUGGAGGGAUCACACAAGGAAUUGGGGCGUACAAGGUUCAAGUUCCUAUUGACGGGACUGUGCGACCAUGUGUUUUUCUUGACACUCCCGGACAUGAGGCCUUUGGUGCUAUGAGAGCUCGUGGAGCCAGAGUAACAGAUAUUGCUAUUAUUGUAGUAGCUGCUGAUGAUGGAAUACGUCCUCAAACAAUCGAGGCCAUAGCCCAUGCCAAAUCAGCUGGUGUGCCAAUAGUUAUUGCCAUUAAUAAGAUAGAUAAGGAGGGAGCUUCAGAUCGAGUCAUGCAAGUCAUGCAGGAGCUUUCCACAAAUGGUUGUCAACCAGAAGAUUGGGGUGGUGAUGUGCCUAUGGUACAGAUAAGUGCUCUUACAGGCUUGAAUGUUGACGAUUUAUUGGAGACCACAAUGCUUGUUGCAGAGCUGCAAGAGUUGAAGGCUAAUCCGGACAGAAAUGCAAAGGGUACAGUCAUUGAGGCAGGCCUUGAUAAAUCAAAAGGACCAGUAGCUACUUUUAUCGUGCAGAAUGGCACUCUUAAAAAAGGGGAUGUAGUAGUUUGUGGUGAAGCAUUUGGAAAGGUAAGAGCUUUAUUUGAUGAUGGUGGAAAGCGAGUUGAUGAAGCUGGUCCAUCAAUACCAGUACAGGUAAUCGGAUUAAACAAUGUCCCAUUGGCUGGUGACGAAUUUGAGGUCGUUGACUCUCUUGAUAUCGCACGAGAGAGAGCAGAGGAACGUGCAAUAUCAUUACGGGAUGAACGAAUACUGGCCAAGGCCGGAGAUGGUAGAAUUACUCUUUCGUCUUUUGCUUCUGCUGUUACAACGGGCAAGAAUUCUGGAUUAGAUUUGCACCAGCUGAACAUUAUUAUGAAGGUCGAUCUUCAGGGAUCAAUUGAAGCCGUGAAACAAGCCCUACAGAAGCUGCCACAAGAUAAUGUGACUUUAAAAUUUAUUUUACAAGCAACUGGUGAUGUGAGCAACAGCGAUGUUGAUCUUGCGGUCGCUAGCAAAGCCAUUAUUUUUGGGUUUAAUGUGAAAGCACCGGGUUCUGUUAAAAGCUAUGCAGACAAUAAGGGCGUUGAGAUACGAUUGUAUAAAGUUAUAUAUGAUCUUCUUGAUGAUAUGCGAACUGCAAUGGAGGGACUACUAGACCCUGUUGAGGAUCAAGUGCCAAUUGGUUCGGUAGAUGUCCGUGCGGUGUUCAGCAGUGGUAGUGGACGUAUUGCUGGAUGCAUGGUGACUGAGGGAAAAGUAACAAAAGGUUGUGGAGUUCGGGUUCUAAGGAAAGGCAAGCCAGUUUUUGUUGGCGUUAUUGAUUCGUUAAGACGCAUCAAGGAGGAUGUCAAAGAGGUGAAUGCAGGAUUAGAGUGUGGAAUUGGAGUUGAUGACUUCAAUGAAUGGGAGGAAGGUGAUGUAAUUGAAGCUUUCAAUUCUAUUCAAAAAAGGCGAACACUUGAAGAGGCAUCGAGUACUAUGACAGCAGCAUUUAAAGAAGCUGGAAUUGAGAUAUAAUAAACUUAAAGUCGAAUCUUCAUUUUCUCAUACUUCUAAAUGACAAAAGGCACGUACAAGAUACACUUCGAUCCAACAUUUUACAACUCCCCCCUAAGGCGCUCACAGAAAAGGUUCACUUAGUUUGUCUAUCAUCGCUACUACGUUGUACAUAAAAAUAGAAUUGAGCUUGUAAAGAGGGACAAAGUCGACAAACAUAGUUGAAAGGCUCGAGUCUGUGGUGACAAUGAUGACUGUUUGUAAUAGUAGCAGAAAACUGUGACGGGGAAGCUAGGAAAAUAUUGUUAUACCUGGAAGUUGGUGCGUCAUGUUCAUUAUAGGUCAUCUUUUUGCUCUUCUUGUAUUGCUCUUUUUUGUCGCUCAAUGGAUGUGGAAACCUUAUUCUUUGCCGGUGAAUACAUUUACAUUCUAUA